AACAUCUAUUGAUUGACUCUGCUCUACAUGAAUCUCCUUUUAUAGUCUUCUCAAAUAAUUCAGGAAGAGAAAAAUAGUUUUGUUUUGUUUGGGAAAAUCGAGAAGACAAAUAGUUAAAAAGACAAUUUUUUUUGGUUUAGUUCAAUCAUUCAAGGAUUAAAAGCCCUUUUGGUAUUGGAUUCUGUGUUGCUUGGUCGGGUAAGAAGAUUCUGUCUUUUCUUUCCUUUUUUUGGUUGUGAGGAGAUUCUAUAAUCCAUUUACUCACUGUCGGCAUUCUUAGACAUCGGUGUGUGUCUCUUCAGAGAGUUAGCUGAUUGGUUUUUUGUUCUUUAUGAUUGUGGAGGGAAGAGAAAUGAACACUAACUAAUUGUCCGUUUGAUCUGUUAUUGAUUUUUUUUUUUUAGCUCAGCUUAAAGUCAUUAAAUUUGCUGAUUAUGUUCAUUUAUUGUCUCUUGUUGAUGUGGUAUUGGUUCAUGGAGGAUAAGAAAGUAUAAUCUCAAGAUUUUGAAUCAGCUUAAAGUGAUUAACUUUGCUGUUUCUCUUCAAUUUUGUUGGCCCUAUGUUCUGUUUUUUUUUUCUUGAAAAUUUUAAAGCAAAAGGUAUGAUUUUUUUUCAUGGAGGAUAAGAAGGUUCAAUCUUAUGAUUGUGACUUUGUUAUGAUCUAAGAAUCGUUUCUAUUCACUGGUCAAGCUAUUUUCUAUUCGAUUUGGUUGUCUGUAAGAUUCUUGUUCCUUCAGGAGGGUGUCAAUUUUGAUGAUAAGGGGUUGAUUGAUUGAAUGAUAAAAUGUGCUCAUAAUGACUCUAAUCCUUUGAUUGUCUCUGUGGUUUACCAAAAGCCAUAUUGCUUUUUUUUUAGUUCUUUUCCCAAUUGGGACGUUUCCCAGUUGCUUGCAUUUGAUUCCAAUAUCUUAUUUUGUGGUCCACUAUUUUGAUUUUGAUGCAUCUGUCAUUUCCAUGAUAGCUUCCUGGCUGAAACAAGUUUUUGUUUUGGAUAAGAAUCUAAGCAUUUUCUUCUUGUUCCUUUCUAGUCUUUCCUCUUGUGUUAAUAUUUGUUAAAGUAAAUAGCUUAGAUUUUUCUUUUAUGAUCCAACACAAAACCAAAAGUGAAGAAUAUUCUUUGAGAAUGUUUUUUUUUUGAAAGGAAGAAAAAAUCAAUUAUGGCAAGGGAAUUAAUCAACAGUUCUUUAGAUUCAUUUUGUGUGUAUAUAAGUUACUGAUAGUGAGUCUCAUUUCAUUUGCUAAAGCCAAUAUACACUUCUCUGUUAAUAUUUGUAGCUAAUCUUUCCUCUAUGACACUAACUGGAGAUUUCGGUUUUCCACCAACCGCCAUGUCUUCCUUUUUUCCUCUUAUUCCCACAACACUAGAUGAGAGAUACCAUCACCAUAAGUUUCCUAACUCUUUGUGGGUUUCAUCAUCAGGACAGGAACCGAUGAACAACCCUGUACCUUGUCAAGUGUUUCCUCUGGCUUCUGGUGGCACUUCUUCUGGAUACUGCAAUGGCACGUACGUUUCAGCUCAAGAAAGAAGCUCCUCCCAGACCAGACAAUCCGUGGAAACGCAAUCAUUGCCGGUGACUAAUCAACCUCAAGAGCAGAGAGAUAUGAGCUGGCCUGAGGACCAGCUUCAGGGGUUCUUUGACUUUCCUCCACAAGGAGAGAGCAGCAGCAGAGCUAAAAGUGAAUGGCCAGACUGGGCCAAUCAGAUGAUCUCUGUCGAUGAUGGUCUGGAACCUAAUUGGUCGGAGCUUCUAGGUGAUCCUAAUGUCCUCAACCAAGAUUCAAAGAUACCAACACCCUCUUGUGAUAUAGCUAGGCAAGAGAUAGUAGUCAGUACUCAGCAUCAGGUGGAUUCAUCGAGUGCCAAAAGCCCACAAGCUAGUUCAAUGACGUCUAAGCAACGAAUGCGUUGGACACCUGAACUCCAUGAAGCGUUUGUUGAUGCUAUCAAUCAGCUCGGCGGUAGUGAACGAGCCACACCUAAGGCUGUACUGAAGCUCAUCAAUAGCCCGGGGCUGACUAUUUACCAUGUCAAAAGCCAUUUGCAGAAAUACAGAACGGCUAGGUAUAAACCGGAGAUUUCAAUAGAUACAGAAAAACCUCCACUGAAGACUUUGAAGACCAUUGAAGAUAUCAAAUCUCUUGACUUGAAGACGAGCAUUGAGAUCACUGAAGCUCUACGGUUACAGAUGGAAGUUCAGAAAAAACUCCAUGAGCAACUUGAGGUCCAAAGAACGUUACAGUUACAAAUUGAGGAACAAGGUCGGUAUCUCCAGAUGAUGAUUGAGAAACAACAACAGAAGAUGCAAGAGAAGAAAAUUGGUUCUUCUUCUGGCACAUCAUCAAUGCCAGAAGCUGACACUUCUUCAGCUCCAUCACCAAACCUUUCACAAGCAUCAGUAACUGAGAGACUGCAGAGUGGUGGUUCUAGCACAUUGGAUCAGAGCGGAUAUCCUUCUGGGGCUACUAAGAAACGAGUUAGAGAAGAUUAAAGACAUAUCCUGGCUGCAGAAAUUGGAAGUUAUGACACUGACCUAGUGACUUUGGACUUGAACUUUCUUUUUGUAUAGGAGACAUGUUUCUCUUGGAACUAAAGUUAGGUUUUGUAAUUGCAUUUACAAAAACGUGUUCAUUGCU